AUGAUGCAGAUGCAUUCUGUGUCUGCAUCACAGCGGAUCAGACCGAAGUCUGAUGCUGGCAGUUGCAGGCAAGUGUCAGCUGUAAGAUACACCCGACACCUGCCGCUUAUAGAGUCGGCUCAGCUCCUGAGCCAACUCUACUUUCAAUUACCGCUGAGCCACCAUAAAAACAAAAAACCAUUCCACUUUCCUGGCCCCCAAAAUGGUGAUGCUUUUAAUUUAGAAAUUGGAAACCUUUACUCACUAAACCCUAAUAAACGUAGCAACAGUGAGUCAUCAGAAGAACCAAUCAGUGAGCAACCAGAAAAAUAUGGCAUUUUAUUCAAUGGUCCUAAACUUGGAGAGAAUCGUAUCGUUUUGGGAUUUCAGGGCUAUUCAAAACCAGCUAAAGCAAAAUACGAAGAUCAUGCAUCAGUUCCAGAAAAACAAAAAUCAGCCCCCAGUGAGGAACACCAGGCUUCAAGUGUGUCUUCAAGUGAGGAAAGCAGUCAGUCUAGUAGUAAGUUAGAGUCCUUGAGUGAGGAUGCAAAGGCUGUCAACCCUGUAGUUUCUUCGAGUGAAGAGAAUAAGGCAGUUGCUGUUGUAAAUGAGCCCUCCAAUGACGAGACCAAUGAAGCAGCUGCCAACCCAGAAGUGUCACCUAGUGAAGAGAAUACUGUGGCAGCUGUCAAUGAAGAAGCUUAUUCUGCUAACCCAGAAGUGUCAUCUGGUGAUGACAACAAUGCUCCAGCUGUCAAUGAAGAGGCCUCGCUUGCUAACCCUGAAGAAGACUCUUCCAGUGUACAGGGUAAUGCGCCAGUCAGUGAAGGAAAGAACUCCUCCAGGCAGAAGAGCAGUGUACCAGACAUCAAUCAAAAAGUUAAACUUGUGCCAGCUAGUUUCUUGCCUUUUGUUAGAGCAAAUUCUCUCAGAGACAGAAGAAAUGUUGACAAUGUAAGGCCAAAUCCAGCUAAACGGGUUCGUGGGCUAAACCACAGGCCUCUGAGGAGUCUAGAACUUAACAUUCCAACAUCCGUCAGUGACCUAAGAAAUGAAGGACAUAAAAAGGUGCUGGGUCCUCAAGGAGGGAUAGAGGCGAAUAAACAGAAGCCUAGAAUUCAGCGACAGCGAAAAUUUAAAUAUUGAUCUAUAGAUUAUGCACCAAUGAUAUUUUAUCUGUAAAUCUUACAGCUCAAUACAUAUUCUGCAUUAAAACAGUGAUUUGUUUUCAUAUAAUUACAACACACAAAUGCUUCCCCUAAAUGUAUUUAAACAACUUUGCUUCUUAAACCCUCUUUCUAAACUCUCUCCUUGCUCCUAUAUCUCACAAAUAACCAAUAAAGCUUCAGUAAUAAUAUUUGGAACCUAUUUGGCUGCAUUACUUAAGCUAUAUAUUUGUUGUACACGACAGGAUAAUUGUAGAGUUGGAAUUAUGCACACCUAUGAACUCUGUAUCCAUAAAGGACUUAUAAUAUAAUAAAUGUUGUCUUGU